UGUCAACCUUCGAAGAAUACAGUGAAACGAAAACCCUCGAAACACCCAAAAGCCAAAAGACAGCAAAUGUAUGACAUCAUAAAAGGAAAAAUAAGAUUUCACUAGUUAGAAAGGCGAUUCAAAAUAGAUCGAGAUUUGGACUGUUUAGUUACGUAAAAAAAAUUGCAAGUUGGUUUGAAAUAAAUAGAUUAUUUGUAUGUUGGUGGGAAUAUUGGGCGAGCGUGUUCGUGUUCAUGUUCAUAUUCAUGCAUCUGGUCGAUUUCGUCCAUGACCCCAGAAGAAGCGCUGGAUCAUAUCCGCAUCUGCUGUUUUUAAUAUUCUGAUUUGACGUUAAACUGUUUAGUGGGAACAAAGCCUUUGGACCGGCGUGGCCUCGUGGGAUUCGAACCGGCGACCACUGGACGCGAAGUUUUUGAUUUACAUACAGUAGCGCUUUUUGUGAUAUAAUUCAAGUGGACGUUCCUUCACAUGGGCGUUAUUCCAUUUAUGCAGAAUUUGUGUUGCUCUGCAAAACUGGGCACUUUGCAUUUAUAUCAAUCCGGCUGCAGAUUGUCUUGGAGGGCAGUUGGUUCCGAUUAGAUGAUUGCUAAUUGACUUCAAGAGUUUCUGACAUAUCAGACAACAGCAGUUCUCUGUUUGUACUUCCUCAACCCUGUCAUUUGGCUUCUGCUUGAGGACUUGCAUGGUAUGUGUUGAAAGAAGGCUGUCACAAUCUCUUAGGCUGGGAAAGCGAGGAAAGAAAGUUUCUAGGACUAAACUAUCCAAAAUAAUGGAAGGAUCCCAUGAUGAGGAUGAAGAGAUGUGUCUUAAUGAUAAAAAAUUCCAUGAAUCCUUACCACAAGUCGCACAAGUGAAUCCUCAACAGUCUAGGUUUCCUUGUUGUGUGGUGUGGACACCAUUGCCAAUAGUUUCAUGGUUGGCACCAUUCAUUGGUCAUGUAGGUAUCUGCAGGGAGGAUGGUGUCAUUUUGGAUUUUUCUGGAUCAAAUUUUGUGAGUGUUGAUAACUUCACAUUUGGUGCAGUUGCCAGAUAUAUCCAACUUAGCAAGCAACAGUGCUGCUUUCCUUUGCAUUUAUCUGGACAUACUUGUAAAAGUGGAUAUAGACACACAGAGAUUGGCACGUCACUUUCAUGGGAUGAUGCUCUCCAUAGUUGUACGCAACAUUACCAGCAUAAAUCCUAUAACUUGUUCACAUGCAAUUGUCACUCCUUUGUGGCUUCAUGUCUAAAUCGUUUUUGUUAUCGAGGAUCCAUUGGGUGGAAUGUCAUCACUGUGGUUCUUCUUGUUAUUUUGAAGGGUCAGUGGGUGAACAAAAUGGCAAUUGUCAGGUCAUUUGCUCCUUUUACUAUAGUAAUGUGCAUGGGCUUAUAUAUGGCUAGUUGGCCCUUUUUAGUUGGGUUGGCUCUCUUUUCUCUCCUCUUGGCUGGAUGGUUUCUCAUCGGAACUUACUGCAUUAAGAGUCUUAUUGAAUGCUGAAUAGAGUUUUUUACUCAAAGUUUUGGUCAAAUAAGUCUUUGACUGAAAGGAUAUGAGAACAGGCACUCAAUAUUAGCAGAGGUGCUGUUUUCUGUAAGAAAGUGAGGUCUAAGCAUCCUUCGUUUUUGUGAUUCACAAAAUUGGUGUGUUGCAGAUUGAUACAAAUGGACAUACUUAGCAAAGUAAUUGACUCCCAUCUUUCAGUAAUCUCUAUUGUAUUUGCUUGAUAAAUCAUGAGAAUUGUUCAGUUUGAAAUGCUGAUCUUAUUCCAAACAAAUAAAAAUUGUGUUGAGAAGUAUUAUGCCACUUUUAUAGGAAUCAAGAAUGAUGGAUGGUAACAGUGGUAUACUGGAAGGUAUUGAAUUAUUUGAUAGCUUGCCAUUCA